AUGGCCGAACCCGAAGUGUCCACGAAAGCGCCCGAGAGCGAUGCUGACGCCCAGCCAACCCCCGAAGCGUCCACAUCUAGCGCCUCUCCAGCGCCAUCGGCGCCGCGCAUGGGCGACCACUGCACAUCCGAUAGGCCGACGCCGGCAGGCCAAUCGUCGACAGGUGAAAUCACCAGGCUGAACGAUGUCGAGGUCUACAUAUCCAAACCCGCCGACUACCCCCACGCGCAGUCGCGACUCCUGCUCCUCCUGACAGGCGGCACCGGCCUUCAUAGCGUCAACAACCAGAUCCAAGCAGACCGCUUCGCGGCAGAAGGCUACGUGGUCGUCAUGCCGGACCUGUUCAACGGCGACCCGGCGCCCAACACUAGCGCCGUGACCUCCGAGAUCGCCGAGGUCUCCUCUUCGGGGUCGCUGCUCGACAAGCUCAAGGUCAAGGCCGCCGAGGCCGCCAAGUCUUUCCUCAUCGACAUGUGGUUGGCCCGCCAUACCGAGGCGAAGGUGUUGCCUAUCUUGCACCGCGUGAUCGAUGCCUGUAAGGAUGAGUUCGCUGAUGCUGUGUCGCAUGGCGGUGGGAUCUAUGCGGUUGGGUACUGCUUCGGCGCGCGGUAUGUGCUGCUGCUGGCGGCGGAGAGGUUGCCACAUCCGGGAGUGGAGGCAGAGACUUCAGCUGUGGCCCAGAGAGGGAGCGGCGAUGUCGAGGAGAACAAGCCGCCGACCGUUGGGCCAUUUAUUAAGGCUGGCGCGCUGGCGCAUGCAACUCUAGUGUCGAAGGAAGAUUUCCAGGGGCUGAAGGUGCCAUUGAGCGUGGUUUGUGUUGAGAAUGAUCCCCUGUUCCCAGAUGAGGUGCGAAUCGCGGGCGAGGAGUACUUGAACUCGCAUGGGGUUGAGCAUGAGGUGCAGGUUUAUCCCGGAGUGCCGCAUGGCUUCGCUGUCGUGGGCGAAUAUGAUGAUCCGACCAUCAAGAUGGCACAAGCAACAGCGUAUGAUCAGAUGCUGAAAUGGCUCAACGACCAUUAA